GGAAAUAUAAAUAGUAUUAGCAUGUUCUAGAACAAUUUCUAGAGUUCCAGUGAUAAUAAUGUUGCCAACUCAUUUUCCGGGACAGGCAAAUCUAGCCGGGUUCCAUAGCAUUGAUGCUCUUUUAGGAAUUCGAGAGGAAAUGCGGGAGAAUUACAACGUAUGUUCUAACUCCGGAACAAAACAUUUGCAGGGAAAUGCCCGAGUUCAGCCAUCUUCAUCUGAUACAGGAAACGAAAUGAAGCUACAGAGAAAUUUUGAUGGAAGAAAAUCUGGGAAGAUGGAAAGAAAUUCGGACCCCCGCAAGAAAACAAGACGAAACCGCACGACUUUUACAACAUAUCAAUUGCAUGAGCUGGAAAGAGCAUUCGAAAAGUCGCACUAUCCGGAUGUGUACAGUCGAGAGGAAUUGGCCAUGAAAAUAGAUCUCCCGGAAGUCCGAGUACAGGUGUGGUUUCAAAAUAGACGGGCUAAAUGGCGACGUCAGGACAAACUGGAAAAUUCGACGCUGAGGAUCAAUGAAGAUUUCACUUCUGGUCUAGUUUCACGAAAAUCGUCAGGUGCCUUCGGAUCACCUUUACCUCUCGAUCCAUGGCUUACUCCGUCUAUGAAAAACACCGAAUCAUCCAGCGUGACGUCAGUUGCGCCAGAGAGUUGUUUGACAUCAUACCCUAAUCUGUUUCCCUCUCCAUAUGCACAUUCUAGCAAUGGUAUAGGUAAUUCAUACCGAGGAUUCCCGGGAGUUUUGGGAGGGUGUCCGAGAAUAACAGACUUUGACCCCCGAAAUUCUAGCAUAGCAUGCUUGAGAAUGAAGGCAAAAGAACAUGUGCACAGUGUUGAUAAAAAGUACUGAGAUUUGUUAUUACAUGAGUAAUUCUGAAAAUGAAAUGUGUACAUUGUCAAAUUCUGUUUCAAUAUAGAAUUCAAAUAU